CCUCCCACCCGUAACCCUCAGCUCACCUCCGUCGUUGCGUGAGCUCAACAGUGAUCACGCCAUUGGUGUGAAUCUCCAUGCAAACAAUGUCGCUCUCUAGGUGACAAAAGUCCCUUCCAACCUCAGGCGAAAAAUGUCGAUGCUGAGGCGCGUUUUCGCCCGUGCGCCAGCUAGCACACAGCGACCGUUUAUGGCUAAAGUGAUCACAAUCGGAAUCACAUGUGUUGCAGCAUAUUCAUCAUGGGCCUUGGUGGCACAUCAUUGGAUCACAUGCGCUCCCUCUCAAGGUCCUUCCAUGUACCCGUCCAUGCCAAGCAGCCUCUCAUACAACAUCUAUUCUCGAAGGCACAAGCGAGGAAAGGAUAUUAAAGUGGGAGACGUUAUAGUCUUUGAGAGCCCUAUCUUCCUUCGCGGCGUAGCCUGCAAGCGUGUUAUUGGCAUGCCCGGGGACUACGUCCUUCGCGACCCUCCUCUAUCUCCCACGGUGGGCGGAGCUCCCAUCCCGGGUUUAUAUGGAGGCGAUGCGGUACGCGAGGAGCCUGUCAUGAUACAAGUUCCAGAGGGCCACGUGUGGGUAGCCGGAGACAAUCUGUCCUACAGCAGAGAUUCUCGAUUUUAUGGCCCGGUGCCCAUGGCUUUGAUUACGGGCAAGACUCUAUAUGUUGGCGACGGAUAUUUCAAUUGGACAUCUUUCCGCAAACCGCAAUUACAACCAGUUGCCGUUUAUGGCGAUAGAUCGCAUGCACACGUGGAAGGAGAGGUCACCUUGGAAGACACCCACCCGACUUGAGGAUGCUAGACAUGAGCAAAAGAAGCCAGACAAUUGCCAAGAGGUCCAAAAGACACGCGAGGCUCUAUGAGAGUCGGCAAAAUCAGUGUUGAUAUUGUACAGCAGGUGCUUAUGAGAGCAGAGCUCAGCUAUUUCAUCCCCUCAUCCUGGACGUGUCGCGCCUUUGAUACGGCAGAGGUUCAACCUUCUUCCUCUUGAGCUCGACAUCCGCACCCUCAAUACCAGCUCUCUGCAUAACGGCAGCCGUGCUAUCGUCCCACUGUGUCCGGAACAACGAAGCACUGAUGGGACUGAGCAUAUGACGACUCAUCACGCUGCGGACUGUAAAUCCAUCCCGCUGAAUCUUUUUCUUGGCGACCUCAAGAUCAAUCGGGAUGUUGUCUUUUUGUUGUAAUAUGAUGAUGGACAAUCGAUGAUAUGGGCUGCCCUUGUGCGCGUAAGGGGGCAACCAUGGUAGAAGGAUCUGGGAAGCUGGGGACAGAGUCGCGAGAUCUACCGAUGGCUGCGUUGGUGAGAUGGUGAUGUUGCAUGCCAGAUAGUGGCAUCGAGAGUCAAAGGAGUCUGUCGCUAUAUUUGGCACGUCGGGGUCAACAACGGCAAUGGUCACCAUCUUCUCGCCUCUCUCAUAGGAUUGUAAAGUAAGACGGCAGGGGGCUUCGCUGAUGUGUGACUCCACAAACUCGCCCG